AUGAUGGACUACGCGGCGACCAGCAUCAGCAACGUCGACACGGCCGACAGCAACUGCAACUACAACAGUAGACCCUUCCAAAAUGAAUCCAACUUUGACAAAACAAGGUUGAUCAUAAAAAAUGUCCCAAAAUAUAUGAACGAAAUGGAUUUAAAAAAACACUUCUUUAAAAUGAAAGGGAAUUAUGAAUUUAAAAUAACAGAUAUAAAAAUUAUGAAGAGAAAAAAACUUAUCAAGAAUAAAGAAUUUUUUGAGUCCAGAAAAAUUUGCUUCAUAGGUUUUAUUAACAACACCGAUUGUGAGAAUUUUAAAAAAUCUUUUAAUAACACCUACAUUAAUACUAGCAAAAUUGUCGUUGAGGAUGCCUUUUCUCCACUUAUUUCCAAAAAUGCGCGACAGAGCAGAAACGCCACUUCGUAUGCCCUUAAACGUAUAGGAAAGAUACAGAGGAUGAAGAAAGACCAGUCUGUUCAAAUUGUGAAAAGCAAAAAUUUUGUCAACAAAACGAUUCCCAUCAAGAAAACCAAAGCGGGGAUGAACACCACCAGGAGCCACGUCAUAUUUUUAGAUGAUCAACCGGUUCAGGGCCAGGUGGAGGAGGAGAAGAAGAAGCAGAAGAAGGGAAAGAAGAAGCAGGAGAUGAAGCAAAAGAAGAAGACCAAAAUGGAAGGGGAUAACCCCCAGGGCGGGGAAAAUCCAAGCGAACGGUUGGAUCCAGCGGAGAAGGGACGCACAAAUGGUGCUAAGCGGGACAUAGCUGAUGAAGGCAGCAUGGAUGAUGCUGCCCUUGCUGAUACAGGCGAUGGCGCGCAAAGUGGCACAGAAAAGGAAGAGGCCGCGGAGGAAAAAGCCUUAGAUUGGCUGAAAAAAAUCUCCAAAAGGGAGGGAAACGACAAAAAUGUCCAAAACGAUCAAGGUGCGCAAAAGAACCGCCUAUUCGAGGACGAAAUGAGCACAGCGAGUAAUCAGUCUAGCGACGAAAAGGAAGGGAAAAAAAAAGCGGACAAUGGCGUGGACGAGGAGGAUUGUGAAAAUAUGAACACCGGGAAAAUUAUCAUCUUUAACAUGCCCCCCGUAAACGAAUACGACGUAAAGAACCUGUGCGAACGGUUUGGUCCCGUCGUCGAUGUGAAGAUCUUUAAGAACGUAAAAAAGGGAGCAGUAGUCCUAAAUUUGAAUGAGAAAAAAAACACCAAAUCGAGUGACGACUUCUUUAUAAAACUGUUGAAGGAAAACCACGACACGUUUGGAAACGAAAAGGAAAAAGAAAAGAAAAAAGAAAAAAAAAAAAACAACUUGGAUGAAGCUGACAGUGGGGUGAUGAAAAGGAAUAACAGAGAGAUAGACGAUGGGAAGGCGGCAGAUCGGAAAAAUAAAAACGGAAGCAGCAGAAACGAGUCUAUCCUGAACAGCGACCUUACAAAUGUAAAGGUAUAUGCCUUCGUCAAUUUUAUGUUCCCCAGCGCCUGUGAGCGAGCCAAGAAUUUCUUAGAUCAUACUAUUUUUAGGGGAAAAGUGUUAAGCGUUAAAUAUGCCAAGGAUAAAUUUGGAGACUACGAAUAUACAGAGAAAGGAAAAAAUAAUGUGUUCAUUAAAUUAUCUCAUGAUUCGAAAACAUCGUAUAAGAAAAUAUUGGAAAUUCAAAAAAAGAGGAACUGCCAAAAUGAAAACAUCUGGAAUAUUCUCUACACAGACAUCAACUCCAGCAUUCACAGUUUUUGCAAGGAAAAUAAAUGCAGCCCCCAUUCCAUACUAAACAUAAAGGACAGGAACAUUGCCGUUAAUGUUUCUCUCACGGAGACGUACAUAAUUAACAAAAUGAAGGAGUGGAUAAAGAAGGAGGGGAUUUAUUUGGAGGCUUUCGAGCAGAUAUAUAAGAAGAGGGUCGAGGAGGGAGAACCGGACGGAAAAGUGGAUGAAGAAACGGACAGAAAAGCGGACGGAAUAGUGGACGAAAAGGCGGACAGAGGAGAAGGCGAAAAAGCGGACGGAGAUAACCCUCCCGGGGAGGAGCCCAGCCUCGCGAACCACGUCGUCAAGUACAAACGCAGUGAUGACACCAUAAUAGUAAAAAAUUUGUCCAUUCAAACAAACCAGAAGGAAGUAAUAAGUCUUUUUAAGAAGUAUGGUGUUUUGAGCAAAGUUAGUUUUUCCCCCUAUAACAAUAUAGCCAUAUUGCAGUUCGAGAAAGCGGAAAACGCCAAGAAGGCCUUCAUAUCGAACUCGUACAUACGGUAUAAGAAGCUGCCCCUGUAUUUGGAGUGGGCCCCCAUGAACUUGUUUGAGAGAAAGGGAGACUUUGAUGGCCUCGCAGGCGGUAUUAAGGGGGAGAGGAACGGCGGAGGGAUACCCACCAAAGAAGCAGUCGAAAAAUCUGAACACGAAGCGGCCCCGAAGAAGGAACAACACCAUAGCGAAAGCGAGUCCAGUGAUGAAGAAAUUACACAUGCCAGCAUCUACAUCAAGAACCUGAACUUCAAUACGAAGGAGGAAGACCUAAAAAAGUUGUUCGAAAAAUUGGAAGGAUUUAUAACCUGUAAUAUUGUGAAGAGUAAGAAGGCCAUAUCGAAGAAGAAUCACGAAAAGGGGGAAGCGCCGGAACAGAAACUGAUGUCCCAGGGAUACGGUUUUGUCGAAUUUAAAAGCAAAGAGUUAGCUGUUGAGGCCAUCAAAAAGUUGACAGCAACAACUCUGGAUGGCCACGUGCUGGAGCUGAGUCUUUCUCGUAACAGAGUUAAAAAAAAAAAAAUUAAAGAUGAUGAAGAAAAAGAGGUAGUUAAGGAAAAAAAAAAAAUUACCAAAAAGUUGCUAGUAAAAAAUUUAGCCUUUCAGGUGACGAAAGAAGAAUUAAGAAAAUUAUUUUCUGCAUUUGGAAAUAUCAAAAGUGUCCGAAUCCCCAAAAAUGCAUAUAACAGAAGUAGAGGAUAUGCAUUUGUUGAGUUUAUGUCAAAAAAUGAAUGCCUCACAGCAAUUGAGUCACUACAGCAUACCCAUUUGUAUGGAAGACAUCUUAUCAUCGAUUUUGCCGAUGAUUUCAUUUUUGAUAAAAAUGUGGACGAAUUUGACAAACUAAAAGAGGGCGUUAACAGCAAUAAUGCGAGUAAGAAACAAAAGUGCAUCACGUCAGAACAAGCCAAGAGAAAAGCUACCUAUGAGAAGGAGAAAAGAAACCAAGUGACUGAAUCGAAAAAAAGGAAACUGAUGAAUAACAUGGAGAAUAUUUGA